UUGAGGCUGUGCUGGGUAGGUGGGCGCAGACGGCGCGACUACGGGUCGGGGCUGGGCUCAGCGCGCUGCGAACAAAGGAGUCUGCGGCGGUUCCCGGCUCCGCGGAGGACCCAAGCUUCGCGGGACUCGGAGGCUCGGCGGCUCCGCCUCGGCUUCGCCUCGGCUCCACCGCGGGCGCCGCGGCAGCUGCCGCCGAGUGCUGCCCAGGGAGCCCGUCCCGCCCGGGGCUCAUGAUGGGGCUGAUCUUCGCUAAAUUGUGGAGCCUUUUCUGUAACCAAGAGCACAAAGUAAUCAUUGUGGGACUGGAUAAUGCAGGGAAAACCACCAUUCUUUAUCAGUUCUUAAUGAAUGAAGUAGUUCAUACUUCUCCAACCAUAGGAAGCAAUGUUGAAGAAAUAGUUGUGAAGAACACUCAUUUUCUUAUGUGGGAUAUUGGUGGUCAAGAGUCCCUGCGGUCAUCCUGGAACACCUAUUAUUCAAACACAGAGUUCAUCAUUCUUGUUGUCGAUAGCAUUGACAGGGAACGACUGGCCAUCACAAAAGAAGAAUUAUACAGAAUGUUGGCUCAUGAGGAUUUAAGGAAAGCUGCAGUUCUCAUCUUUGCAAAUAAACAGGAUAUGAAAGGAUGCAUGACGGCAGCUGAAAUCUCCAAAUACCUCACCCUUAGUUCAAUUAAGGACCACCCAUGGCACAUCCAGUCAUGCUGUGCACUAACAGGAGAAGGGUUGUGCCAAGGUCUAGAGUGGAUGACCUCCAGGAUUGGUGUGAGAUAAUUUUUUUCUUGAAAAAGACUUCUCUAUUUAUUCCGUGACACGAACAUUUUUCCUAAUACCUUUGGCUGCUGAGGCAGCUGCAUGUUUAAUUUAUAACAACACAAACCUCUGAGCAACACUUGAAUCAAGUGCCGCUGUACUGGAACAUAAAGAUGUUUUCUUCCCUUUGUUUCAGAUGCACUAAUCUUCAGUUGGAUGAGCAUAAUGUGUAACUAACUAUGUUUGCAGCAACAGAACUCUUCUGACUGCUUAUUCUAAUUGUUCAGUGACUGCCUUGUACACACUGUCUGUCAUAUAUUUCAUGUCAUCUGAAGUAUUGUUAUGUCCUUUACAUCCCGUUUCUUUCACUUCUUAGCCACUGUUCCAUUCUCCCCAGGUUCUUAGUGGUUUGACAGAGCAGUAGUAGGAAUUGUCAUGUACUACUUCUUCAGCGCCAAACAUUUGUUCUCUUCAAACCCUUUUUAUCUUUGGACAGAUUAAUUACAAUGAUGAAAAUUUCCUAGAAGCUCUGUGUGUGUGUGUGUGUGUGUGUGUGUGUGUGUGUGUGUGUGUGUGCAAGAGUAAACAUCAUGAAUACUUGCCUUUAAAUUUCCCUCACUUCAUUGCAUAUCAUAGUUUAAUUUUAAGUUGCUCUUUGCAUGGGAAUUAAGUAGUCCAUCUAUUUAUGUAAGGAACUAAGUUCACUUUUCUGCCAACAAUAUUUGGUUAAAAACACUUGGUAAAGCAUGAAUUUGAAAGCCAGCUUCAAUGGGAAAUAUUAUUGGCUCCAUUUGAUAGCUUAAGAUUUUCACUGUGUAUAUAACUGUCAGAAUUUAGUAAAACACACCAACAUGAAAUUAAGCUAGGACAUUUGUAAUAUGUUUUUCUAUCAGUUUGCUACCUGUUUUAUUGUCAGUAAAAACUUCAGCUAUUUUGUCAGAGAUACCUUACCUGCUUGGGCAGCAGCCAAAGUGUGAACGAGCCUUUUUAUUUCUCGGGUUUGCAGUAGUAUCUGUAGAGCAUCUUUAUCACCAGCAGUGUGUUACUGAAAGGCAAAAUAACAUGGCUUUUCUUUAAAUCUGGCUGAGGGUGAUGUGAAAGAGGCUUCAGACAGUUGCCGUCUCACAUGCUCUCUCUCUCUCUCUCUCUCUCUCUCUCUCUCUCUCUCUCUCUCUCUCUCUCUCUCUCUCUCUCUCUCUCUGUAGGUAGACUUUGUGUCCUAAAAUCUUUUAGGGUACUGCUGAAUCUAACUCUAGCUUUUAGAAUAUUCCUAUAAGACUCAAUGCUCAUAUUCUUUCUUGUUUGUUUUUUUUUUUUUUUUUAAAUCCUUGGCCUGGAACUCACUAGGUCGACCAGGCUGUCAUAUACUUAGCAACACAAAUGCUUUUAAAGGUGUGUGCCACCACUGCCGCCCAACACACAAAUGCUUUUAUUGAGUACAAAAAUGGAGGAAAAGGGCCUAAUGCAUCAGGCUUACUGGGUGGUAUUAACGGUUCCCAAGGCAGUUGUCUAAGGUGGAAGCAAGAGUAAACCUUAAGAAAAAAGGGGACAAGUGUUGUCAUUACCCGUCUCUUUCACGGGUGUCAUUUGCUGUAUGAAAGGGAUGUAAUGUGUACUUAGGGACAGUUCCUCAUUUGCAGUAUUUUUUAUUUGGAUCAAAAUAAGCUUCAGUAUUCAUAAAUACCUGCUCAAAAUUGGUAUUUUAAUUUCAGGUUUUUUGUAUGUAAGUUGCCUUAAACUUUGCUCUCUUUUCAGGUGUACUCGUUUGUUUUAUUUAGUUAAUUUAGUUGAAUUUGAUGAUAUUUUUAUUUAGUGUUUGCACCCUUGAUCUGAGAAAGUGGCCAGAGGAAAAGUGUUCUGGGCUGUGGGAAAUUGUUUAAACUUUGAAUCUUUUUCUUAGUGAUUCUAUGCCAAGUAGAGGGUAAGUUUAAUUUUCUUGUGUGUUUUAAAUAUAAUUCAUAAUCAAAGGUGAGAGAGAAAAGCAGAUAUAAAUCAGUGUGGAUGGUGUUUGUUGCGUGGGGGGUGGGAACUAAGAAAAUACUAAUUACCUAAAGCACACUUUGCCUGAACUUUACUUUGUUAUAUUGUUUACCAUAAAUAUAAAAAAAAUUCUCAUAAAUCUGUCUUGAGAUAAAACAUAUUUAAUGCCCCAGUAUUUCUUCUUAUGAAAUAAUUAUUUGCCUCCUUGUAUCUAAUAAGAUUGGCUGGUUCAAUUUUCUUCUAUCAGAUAAUAUGGUUAUUUUUAUAUUACCACAUCAGCAUUAUAUUGAAAAUGUUUUUAAUAGUUGAUUAUAUUUUGUCAAACAGCUACUAGUAUAGAUGCAGAUUUGCUAUUGAAUUGUUAAAAGUACAGUUUAUUUUACUUCUACAUCCUUUUUUAAAAGCAUAUGAUUAGUUUGGAUUAGAAGCAACAUCUGUUAGGCAUCUCAAUAUGAAAUCAGUAUUCAAGUAGACAUUGUGCCAUUGAUGAGGAUAGGGUUCAUUAAAAAGUUAGAGGCUUUUGUCAGUCUUUUGGUUUACAGCAGCACGAAACUAGUUACCCUUUACUCCAAGAGAAUGUUUGGACCCAAAUAAGUAUGUGAUGCUAAAGCAUUUGACUUGAAUGGUCACUGUAAAAUCAAAUGGCCAGAAAAUAUUAUUUGCUGAAAAAAUGUAAAAUUGUGAUGGUGCCUUUGUUGUUUUGAGAUGAGUUCUCAGUUUUUUACAUUGUUCUUUAGAGGUCACGUUAACAGCUGAUGAGAUGGAGGGGAGUGAUUUGUAUCUCACAUUCUCCUUUGUCUCCACAUGUUAUUUGGUAGUUUGUAUUAUACAGAAACCUCCCACACCUUUAUACCUUCAGAAAUUAAUCUUGUAUUUUAAUUCAAAAAUGAAGAAAUUAAGCUUAUAUGAAAUCUAUUCAAUAUGUUUCAGCUAAAAAUACAAAAAGAAAAAAAAGAAAAGAAAAAGAAAAAAAGAAAAAAAAACCUACCCUUGCGAAUCAAGUGUGCCAUUUUCUGCCCUGAGCACAUGUGAGAAUCACUGUAGAAGUAGCUCUCGAGUCCAUAAGGGAAUGCACUAAGUGUUUUUAUUGUUAAUGUGAUUUAAUUUCUUAAAACCGGAAAUAUUAAUAUAUAUAUAUAUAUACAUAUAAUCUAUUGAAAACUGAGGAUUGAAUAUAUAACAUAUGCUUUUAGGUUCUUGUGUUAACAUUCUUAAAGGGAUAGUACUUUUAUUACAUAUUCACUAGAGAAACAGUAUAUACAUUUCAUUCUUUUAAAAACAGAUUUAAAUAACUCCCAUAGUAAAAGCUCCUGCCUCUGCAUCCCCAGUGCCAGGAUUGCCAUAGGUAUUUUAAUUAAAUGUAAUUUAACUUUCAUUGUAGCAUAGAGAGAAACCAGUUAUUUUCCUGUGGGAACAAUGAAGGGUACAGACAAUGCUAAAAACAAUAGUCUUUGAUGCUGGCAAGUCUGGCCAUGAAGAAAUUUUUGAAGAAGACAAAACUUUUUAAGUCUUUGAUGUUGUAUCUCAGAACAAAUUCUAAGCAGAAUUAUUUCCAAGCGCAUUCAUUUAAUUCUUCACUGUGUAAAGCAUACAUUAGUAAGCAAACAGGGGUUGUGCCUCUCCAUGAUGGAGUUUUAUUGGCAUUUAUCUCUAGAGGCCAACUUUAUGGGUUAACAUUUUAUCUGUGGCCCUGGAACAAGAUCCUCACACACCUAAACUUUAGUUUUAAAGGUCCUUUAAUCUUCUGUCAAUGGGUCACCUCAAUUAUAUCUUCUUCCUGUAUCUAGCCAAACAUUGCACUGGCUGUCUAAAGAAGUGGAUUCUGAUCCCAAUCUGCCCAUUUAUCAUGUGUCUAGUUGACCUAAGCCACUCUUGUUCAUGGCCUUCUUUUUAUUCUUCCCAAACUGAGGAGCCUUUAAGGAAACUAAGUCUCAGCUAUGUCUUCUGUUUUUAAUAUUCUAAAGCCUUACAUACUAUUACUAUUUUUUUAAAUCUAAAAUAAUGGGGAAAUGCUUGUAGUAUCACAUUUAAGUCGUUUUAUUUAUUGUUUGAUUCCCCUUCCCAGUAUCACUUCCUCUAGUAUGUGUAUACAAUCAGGUAGGAACAAAGUAUAACUUAAUAACUCUCCUUCAGCUUAAACUGAACUUCUAGCUAAUGACAGUGCAAAAGAGAAGCCAUAUUCACCAGAAAAUGGCAUUGGGUUACUUAGAAAUAGCACCCAUGUGUGUUGGAUACUCUCUUCUAGAGAACAUACCUUAUUUUUCUGCCUUUGCUGACUCAGUGGAAGUGGUUAGCUUGUUCUGUUUGUUGCCUUAAGGCAUCCCAAACAUUUUCCAGUGCUGAAAGAAUAUCAUGGACCAGGGCAUCAGUAUGUUAUAGACUUAAGUCUUCUUAAGUGUGAAAAUGGCUGAUGUUUAAGGUCAGCAGUUUUCACUGUCAUCUCAUCUCUAUUCAUUUAAUAUUAGUGUGAAGACUGAAACCCAAGAGCCAGGUUUCAAAAGAAAGGUAUAUUUUAAGAAUAGAGUCCAAUAGAAAGGAGGAAGGAGUUCUAUUAUUUCAUUUUAAAGUAAUAAAAAAAGUGUUCAGUUGAACCUAAAAUCACCUUUAUAUUUGGUGAAAUGCUUAAAUGUCUAUUUGGAGGCUUAGAGGUAUUCUUGGAAACAAAUUCAAAAUUAGAUGAACUUGGUAUAGUAAAAUCACCUAAAAUUAGGUAAGAAAAUAUGGAUGCAAGAGUAUGAGUCCCCCCCCCACCUUUUUUUUGCAUUUAAUUCUGGCAACAUGGGAGAAGUAGAUACUCUACAUUGCAUUUACCAUGGCUGGAAAGCCUGAGACUGCUAGCAUUCUGGCUUAGAAUCUGGAACUUUAAUCACACAGAGGCAUCUUGAUUUUUUUUUUUUUAAACCAAUUCUCUGCAUUUUCUCCUGGAGUGGAGAAAUAUAAUAUGUGCUGUGUGUAGACUGAAUAUAGCAAAUGAAACUUCUAAAAGAAUGAAAAUAUUUUCUUGCACAACUUACCAAAUUUUAAUUUUAGUAAUUACCUCAUUUUUUAGUUCUCAAGGUGCUUUAAGUGUCUGGGAUGUUGUGCAGUGCCAUAAAUCCGCCCUUACCCAAAUGGCUUGGAACAUGCAGGACUCCCAGCUGAAGCAAGUGCUAGGUGGGGCUAUCGUUUAUUCUUUGUUUCUCAGCAGCAGGGUGAACAGGUAUUCUUUCAGUCAAUGCACUUGAGCAAGCACUCAGAAAUAUUUAAUUAGUUAAGGAAAGUCCUGUAAUUUGAUCAGUGAUGAUAGACUAUGACUAUCAGUGUGCUAGGACAGCAAAUGACCAUCAUUUGAUCCCAGUAGUUCAUGAUUUAUUGGCAUGUUUUAGCUGUAGCAAUGGGAAACUAAUCAUUUUCACAUAAAUUUUCCCUCAGGAAAUUCAGGGACUCUGAGGCCCCUGUGGAUUCUCUUGGAGUAAACUUUCAGUCUAGUCAUGAACAUUUGUCAUCUUGGUUUUGAAAAAAGUUUAGCUGCUGUUUCAUUGAAAUUGUGAAAUAAAAUGAUGGCUAUGGCCUUCCAAGUAUGAGAUAGUUUUCUAUUUCCCCAUUCUCGACUGUUCCACAGAAUGUAGUUUAAAAUAAGGAAAGCAAAUUCCUGGCAGUUAUAGCCUGGCUGUCCCGUUUAUUCUAAAGGGAGUGUAAUGAUUGUAAUUACACAUUGUCAUCUUCACACAUAACUUGGUGCUUUAUAAUAUUAAAGAGAAAGUAAGCCCUGUACUCAUUAUACUUCUAGCUCAGAUUGUAAAACUCUUUAAAUGUACAUGUAUGUUCAUUUCAUAAGAUUUAAAUAUAAAUUGCUAUUGGUUACAUCUCAGGCUUUGUGCAAGUGUUCUGACAAUAUCUUUACCAAGCAGUCUGGUCCAAUAGAAGAUAUUAUUAAUAAGAUCAAGGUAGGAUCCCAUCUCUUUGUGGACAGGCUGGUGUUUAUACAAGAGGAAACAAUGUUGUCCACACUACACACUGCUUCUGAAUCCUCAACAAGCCACUGAAAUCUGUGCCAUUGCUCCCAUACUUAAGUGAUAAGCAAGAAAAUGUAAAAGCAAAUGCCAUGCCCCACAAAUGGUUCCAAGCUUGUUUAUUUGUGAGGUUGUUGAAAAGACAUGGGUUUUGGAUUUUAAUACUUUUCAACUAUCAUGAAAUGCUUCUUUUAUAUGUAGGUCAUGCUCAUAAUUUUUUAUUUCUGCAAUUAUGUUCUAAUGAAUUGUGUGCAUGCCGACUUACCCAAGUAAAAAGAUGCAGUUUGCUCUGGAAUGUUAAUCUUUAGACAGGUUUUUGGCUCAUUUGCAAUCAUGGUGCAAUAUAGCAUAACAUCCAUUUGUUUUCAGUCCACAGUUUUAUUUUUGUCAUAAUAAAUACUUUUCCAAUAUCAA